GUGCACAAAGAACUGAUGAAUUAUGAUUUGUCCGCAAAACAUUUAUACCAUGUAGUGGAGAAACACCUAAAGAUUUUUCUUUUCUUAUUAGGUGAACCGGGCCUACAGGGUCCACCAGGUCAACCUGGGGAGAAAGGCGAAGCAGGGGUAGAUGGCAUUCCUGGAUUUGUAGGAGAGAGAGGAGAACCUGGUAUACCUGGCACAGGUUUUCCAGGAUCCCGUGGAGAAGCUGGCAGCAAAGGUGACAAGGGUAACCCUGGUCUUCCUGGCAUUAACGGGAGUCCAGGCAUUCCUGGAAUCAAAGGUGAGAAGGGUCUGCCUGGAUUCCCAGGGGACCAAGGGCAUCCAGGAGAGAGAGGACUUCCAGGAAUAUCUAUGGAGGGACCUAAAGGGGACCAGGGAGCUCAGGGACAACAAGGACAAAAAGGUGUGAUUGGUGACCCAGGCCCACCUGGUAUACCUGGCAGUGCUGGAGCUAAAGGAGAAAAGGGAGAUGUGGGCUUCCCUGGCCCACAAGGCUCUCAAGGAUAUAAAGGAGAUAAAGGUUUCACUGGUGCCUCUGGUGAGCCUGGAUUGCCUGGCUAUAAUGGACCAAAGGGUGAGAUGGGACCACAGGGUGUUCCUGGGUUCCCUGGUACAAAGGGUGAGCAUGGAGUAAUUGGUCCUAAGGGUGACGGAGGUGACAGAGGAUUCCCAGGUCUUAAAGGUACUGAAGGCCCCCCUGGACCACCUGGGCCUCCCACAUUUAUAAAGGGAGAUCCUGGUCCUCCAGGACCUCAGGGUCCCCAAGGGCUGAUCGGAAUUCAAGGCUACCCUGGACAGAAAGGACAACAGGGUGUGAUGGGACUUCAGGGUUUAAAAGGAUCCGAUGGAACACCUGGCUAUAAUGGACACCCUGGGGCCAAAGGAGAGCCCGGACAAACCGGACCUUCUGGCCCCAGAGGGUACCCUGGACCUCCAGGACCUAGUGGUUUCCCUGGUGGCAUCGGCCCUCCUGGCCCUGCAUCAAUGGACCACGGCUUCCUUGUAACACGCCACAGUCAGAGUAUCGAUAUUCCAGUAUGUCCAGCAGGAACAACGCCGAUCUAUGAUGGAUAUUCACUGCUUUAUGUACAAGGCAACGAGAGGUCACAUGGACAAGACCUAGGCACAGCUGGUAGCUGCCUAAGGAAGUUCAGCCCAAUGCCUUUCCUCUUCUGCAACAUCAACAAUGUAUGUAACUUCGCUUCUCGUAAUGACUAUUCCUACUGGCUUACCUCUCCCGAGCCAAUGCCCAUGAGCAUGGCCCCUGUUACCGGUGAGAGCAUCAAACCCUUUAUCAGCAGAUGUGCAGUUUGUGAGGCUCCUGCAAUGGUGAUAGCUGUGCACAGUCAGACCAUACUGAUCCCACCCUGUCCUCGUGGGUGGGAUUCUCUCUGGAUUGGAUACUCUUUCGUCAUGCACGGAUGGCACCGGCUCUUCUCUGCCUCUACUGCAUGCUGGGAGUUCCCAGCAGCACAUCUGCUGAGAGUGCCACAGAGCUCUCCAUAUUCACAGAACCCAGAACGCCAGAAGCUCAGUGACACUCCACUGCGCUGCGCAUGCCGUUUAUGCCGGCAGAAAGAAGCUGCUUUACACCCUCCGCUCUAUCAGGCUAACAAAUAA